AUGAAGUCUCAUCAAAUGAGAAGGUUCUACUCGUCGCUUCCCACAUCCCCCAAGCCUUUGCAGUCAAAAUUUGCGUGCAUUGUUAAACAGGAAAUAUUAAAACAAAAACUAAGAUGCUUACCAUUGUUAAGUCACGUACGAGAUUAUUUUAAUUGUGAUAUUCAUGUUUUUUAUGUUACAUGUAACCUGAUGAGUGAUGAAAUAUAA